AUGUUAAUCUUUUCUCAAACCCCAAAUCCAUGUCAAUUUCUUAAACAAACAACCUUAAAAUCUACUAGAUUUCCAAGCAGGAAGAAAACCCUUCUUCCCAUAAUUUCAAACACAAAAAAUGAUGAAGACAACCAGAAAAACCAAUCUUCAGCUGGUAGAAUCAAGCGCCUGGUUCUUCCUCAACAAGGCAGAGUGAAACUCGACCUGAAACCUGAUAGAGAAUUCUAUUCUUAUCCGCGUUUCGUGGCACAUGUUGAUGAUAAAUUUAUAUUGACAUUGACAAAUCUUUAUAGGGAAAGAUUGAGGCCUGAAAUGGAGAUCCUUGAUCUGAUGAGCUCAUGGAUUAGCCAUUUGCCUAAAGAGGUUAAGUACAAGAAAGUUGUAGGGCAUGGACUCAAUGCACAGGAGCUUUCCAAAAAUCCGAGGUUGGAUUAUUUCUUUGUAAAAGAUCUUAAUCAGGAUCAAGAACUUGCACUGGAAAAUGGCAGUUUUGAUGCAGUUUUGUGUACUGUUAGUGUGCAGUAUCUUCAGCAGCCUGAGAAGGUAUUUGCUGAGGUUAUUCGGAUACUAAGACCAGGAGGGGUUUUCAUCGUGAGCUUCAGCAAUAGACUAUUCUAUGAAAAAGCCAUAAGUGCAUGGAGAGAUGGCACUGCAUAUAGUAGAGUACAACUAGUUGUUCAAUAUUUCCAGUGCGUGGAGGGAUUUACGCAGCCUGAAGUUAUUCGCCAGUUAAAUACGGCCACCACGGCUGACGGUGGUGCUAAAGAGAACAAUUCAAUUUUCAGUAGGAUUACAGGGUGGUUGGGAUUGGUAUCAGGAUCGGAUCCUUUUUAUGCAGUGAUAGCUUACAAGAACUUCAAAUCUAUAUAUGAAUGA